ACUGUUUUUAAAUAAAUGAAACUCAAGAAGAGCUCCACCCCUGAUCGUUGGUUCAACAGCAAUAACCCGCUGUCGGCUGCCUUUGCCACAGUGAGACUUGGACAGGAUCACAGCGAGAUGCAGGCCCCGGGGGGCCCCAGCCCUGGGCAGACUUGCGUGCUGAUUCUGAUUUUCACCGUGCUCCUGCAGUCCCUCUGUGUGGCCGUGACUUACAUGUACUUCACCAGGGAGCUGAAGCAGAUGCAGGACAAGUACUCCCGAAGUGGCAUCGCCUGUUUCUUAAAGGAAGACGACAUCCCGUGGGACCCCUAUGAUGAGGACAGUAUGAACAGCCCCUGCGGACAAGUGAAGUGGCAACUCCAUCAGGUUGUUAGAAAGAUGAUUUUGAAAACCUAUGAGGAAACCAUUCCUACAGUUCCAGAAAAACAGCUAAAUAUUCCUAGCCUACUAAGUGAAAGGAGUCUUCAGAGAGCAGCAGCUCACAUAACUGGAAGUAGCCGGAGAAGAAGCUUGUCUCCAGUUCUAAGCUCCAAGAAUGAAAAAGCUUUGGGCCAGAAGCUAAACUCCUGGGAAUCAUCAAGAAAAGGACACUCAUUCUUGAAUAAUUUGCUCUUGAGGAAUGGGGAGCUGGUUAUCCAUAGAAGGGGAUUUUAUUACAUCUAUUCCCAAACAUACUUUCGGUUUCAGGAACCUGAGGAAAUUUCAGGAACAAGUUCAACAGAACAGAACAAAAAGAAAAACAAACAAAUGGUACAAUAUAUUUACAAAUACACAAAUUAUCCUGACCCUAUACUGCUGAUGAAAAGUGCUAGAAAUAGUUGUUGGUCUAAAGAUUCUGAAUAUGGACUCUAUUCCAUCUAUCAAGGUGGGAUAUUUGAGCUUAAGGAAAAUGAUACAAUUUUUGUCUCUGUAAAUAAUAAGCAAUUGAUUGACAUGGACCGAGAAGCCAGUUUUUUCGGGGCCUUUUUAGUUGGCUAAUUAAUCUGCAAAGAAAAAACAAUAUUCCCAAAGUGACCCUUCACAAAAAGUAAGGAAAUCUGAGCAAAGCCGCUUCAACCAGAAGACCCAAAAAGCAACACAGGCUUCUCUAAUAUCUCUGAAAAUGACCAAGUCAUUUCAAGAAAGCGAAAUUCCCAAAGACCUUUCAGGGGUCUACAAGAUAUCAGUUUGCUCUCAGAAACCUAGAAGAUUCUGUUUCCAAACACUUGUGUAGCAAUAAACAGCUGUCUUUAUUAUCUACUCUUCUGAGGAUUCCAGAAGAAAGAUUAAUGAUCCAUCUCUUUUUUUGGAGGCUCCACACUGGCUCUGUGGAGCCCAACGUGGGGCUUGAACUCACAACCCUGAGAUCAACAUCUGAGCUGAGAUCAAGAGUCAGACAUUUAACCAACUGAGCCACCCAGGCACCCAGUGAUCCAUCUCGUAAGUAGUAUAUCACCUUGGUCAUUUCCAGGUUACCAUAACGGACAACAAGGAGAACCACUAAAAGGUCAUGAUCUUGGGAGGUAGCCUCUGUCAAUAUAUGGGAUGUGCAAAGGGUGUUUGCAUCAUGCUUGACCUUACAGGAGUUAUCUCAUACACCUGGAUUUGAUGGAGAUAAGAACAUUCUACUCAAAAUAAUAUCAUUUUGUUUAAAAAAAAAAAAACUAAACUAAAUUUAUGCUCAGUGAAUAAGGAAUUACUUCUAAAUGGCUUGUGAUUUUCACUACCAGAAGUCAAGCUGACCCAAAGUACUAAUAAUAUUUUUGAUAAAGGACUCCAUAACGAGUGAACAGCUAAUCAGAACAAGGGAAUUUGGCCUCAUGGGAGCAGGAAGAGAAAUGGGAAAGUGGAAACACCAAACACAGGUAAAUUCGCAGAGAAGAGCCUAGGAGAGAUCUAAUCCCCCCUCCUACCCCCUACCCCAUCCUCCACUACCAAAUGUCAUUGUCUAAUAUACAUCUGCUUAAGGUUGAAUCAGUUAUUUGCCUCAGCCAGAAGAGGAGCAAUUGCUUUUAUCUGCCAAAAUUGUGACACAAAACAUUUUAUUUCACCAUUUAAUCUAACCAGUUGGAAAAAAAAUUAGCUGGAGUAUUUGUCUAAUCUCUUCUAAUUGUUGCUCUAAACGCAGCAUAAUUUAUACUUUGGGGUUGUCUGCUCAAACAUUCAUUUAAACGUGUCUGAUCCCCAAUAGGUCUUUCUCAAAAAAGUUUCAUUUAAACUUAAAUUUACAACACCCUGCAGAUGCCUGGCACUUCUGGCCCCUCUCACUCUAUUUUCUAUAACACUAGUUAAGUUUUUACAUACCGACAAAUUGAUGUAUUUGUUACUCUGUGUUUUAAAGCCUGCCUCCUCUCCCCAGAAUAUAAGCACGGUGAUCACAGGGCAUGUUGUGCCCCAUCCCCAUCUGUAACCUCAGGCCCUGGGACAGUGCCUUAACACAACACCCACACAAAAUACGUUGAUGAAUCGAUGAAUGACUGAGUGAAUGAAUACUGAAUCAUACGGGGAAAAAUUUUAAAAGCAUCCUCUGCCUUAUCCCUUAUACUGAAAAAACCUUUGAGGAAUUUCAAAAGUAAUCUCCAAGUGAAGAAGACCUUCUUUUUAAAAAAUGUUUAAAGAUUUAACUUUUAAGUAAUCUCUGCACCCAAUGUGGGGCUCCAGCUUACAACCCCAACAUCAAGAGCCGCAUACCCUACCGACUGAGCCAGGCAAGAACCCAGAAAAAGACCUUUUAAACAAGGAUUUAAAAGUGAAAGAAAAAAGACUACAAUGUGUGUUCCAUAAAAUCUUGAAAGAGAAAAUUUUUGCUCUAUAUUUUUAUACUACAUUUUUAAGAUGUUACUUUUUCAAUAAAGAUGACAUAUUAAAAUGUG